GUCAUAUCUUCACAAACUCCAUCAGAUAGUAAGUAUAUUAUUCCCAUCCCACAUCAAACCAUACUCUUCACGUCUCUUCUCCAUCAAACCAUUCUUCUCUCUCUCUUUCUCUUUUUCUCUCUCUAUUUCUUCAUCCAUUUUCUCCUCAAAACCACCCUAUGGAUCUUUCCGAAACCUCACUCUGGUGGACACAACAACAACAUCAUCAACACCAACAACAACCUAUGAUGUUACUAGAACCAAUCCAAACCACUUCAUGGCCACUCCACCACCACCAACCUCCAUGGCUCACUUCACAAACCCAUGAAAACGACGAAGAAGAACAAGAAAACGACACGACCGUUGCAAAACUCCCCGAAGACGAAAAGGAACCAAUGUUCGAGAAACCCUUAACACCAAGCGACGUAGGGAAACUCAACCGUCUGGUCAUCCCAAAGCAAUACGCAGAAAGAUACUUCCCACUCGGCGGUGGUGGCGCUGAGUCGAACGAGUGCAAGGGCUUGUUACUGAGUUUCGAGGACGAGUCGGGGAAGAGCUGGCGGUUCCGUUACUCGUAUUGGAACAGCAGUCAAAGCUACGUGUUGACUAAGGGUUGGAGUCGUUAUGUGAAAGAUAAGCGUUUAGAUGCUGGCGACGUCGUUUUGUUUGAACGACACCGUGUUGAUAGUCAGAGGCUUUUUAUUAACUGGAGGAGGAGGAAUGGGAAUGAUGAGUCGGCGUAUGUUAGCAGAGGGGUGGGACAGCAUGGGAAAGGGAGUGAUAAGAAUGAGGUUGUGGGUGUUGGGUGGUCCAGAGGAUUCUAUUCUGCGCACUUGCCUUAUCCUGCGCAUCAUCUUCAUCAGCAUCAGCAGGUUUUGCCAUACCAACAUGAUCAUUGUCUUCAUGCAGGUAGAGUAUCCCAAGGACAGAACCAAAGGACGAAACCGGUAGGAAACAGUUCAAGUUCAAGGGUACUUAGGUUGUUUGGUGUCAACAUGGAAUGCCAACCUCAACAUGAACAUGAACAUGAUUCUUCUUCAACACCUCAAUGUUCUUAUGAUAGUAAUAACAAUGAUAAUAAUGUGCCAUUAACACCAUAUCGUCAACCUAAUACUUCUAAUUCUAACCCUCACGUGGUACGUCACCAACCAUAUUAUUACUAGAUAUGUGUACCACCUUUGAGGUUGAUUUUUAGUUAUUUUUGUCUCUUUUUUUUUUUUUUUAAUUAGGUGUAAGAUAUGUUUAACUAUGUAUCGACUUUGUUAAUUAUAAUUAUUGCUAA